AUGAGUGAGUUCAUUCAUAAGGUGCAAUCAAUAACAUCUCAGAGUGGGCCUCAGUCAACAAUACCGCAUUUGUAUCCCGAUUUUGAGGAACACGAACAUGAACAUGAACACGAACAACAACACCCACCAAGGCGGUCGCACGAGUUUCACUCUGGAGAGCUGAAAGAUGUAGAAAGUGCCCACAAUAUCAACUCAAACUAUUAUGUUCCAGCUUACGAUGAAAAGGAAGUUACUGUUAAAGAAUGGUUCCAAUAUGUGUUUGCAAACCCAUUACAAUUUAUCAAGCAUUACUUGAUUUCUCUUUUCCCUAUUGCUUCGUGGAUUUUACAUUACAAUUAUAAAUGGCUUUAUGGUGACUUGGUGGCAGGUAUCACUGUUGGUGUCGUCUUGGUUCCUCAAUCAAUGUCGUAUGCCCAAUUGGCUGGUUUGGAACCGCAAUAUGGAUUAUACUCUUCGUUUGUUGGUGUUUUCAUUUACUCGUUUUUCGCUACAAGUAAAGAUGUUUCUAUUGGUCCUGUUGCUGUUAUGUCCUUGCAAGUUGGUAAAGUUGUUGCCCAUGUUCAAAGCAAAUACGGUGAUCAGUACGCUCCCGCUGAAAUUGCUACAUUCUUGGCCUUGAUUUGUGGUGGUAUCGCUACUGGUAUUGGUAUUUUGAGAUUGGGUUUUAUUUUGGAAUUUAUUUCAAUCCCUGCUGUUAUGGGCUUUAUGACGGGUUCUGCCUUUAACAUUAUUUCUGGUCAAGUCCCUGCAUUGAUGGGAUACAACAGUAAGGUUAAUACCAGAGAUGCAACUUAUCAUGUCAUUAUAAAUACUUUAAAGAAUUUGCCACAUACAAAAGUUGAUGCUGCUUUUGGGUUAGUUUCCUUAUUUAUUUUGUACCUUUGGAAAUUUGGUACUGAAUGGGCUCAAAAAAGGUGGCCAAGAUACAAGAUGUAUUUUUUUUAUUUCCAACAAUUGAGAAAUGCUGUUGUUAUCAUUGUUGCCACGGCCAUCUCAUGGGGAAUUGUUCACCCCAAAAAAAUUGCAUUUGAAGGUCCCAAGAAUAAGUUUAAGCCACCAUUUAGUACUAUUGGAGACGUUCCAAGCGGAUUAAGACAUGUUGGUGUUAUGACUAUUCCCGAUGGCAUUCUUGGUGCUAUGGCCUCUGAAAUUCCAGUUUCUACUGUUAUCUUAUUAUUGGAACACAUUGCUAUUUCCAAAUCUUUUGGUAGAGUCAACGACUAUAAGGUUGUUCCAGAUCAGGAAGUCAUUGCUAUUGGUGUUAAUAAUUUGAUUGGAACUUUUUUCAAUGCAUACCCAGCAACUGGUUCAUUUUCAAGAUCGGCUUUGAAGGCCAAGUGUGGUGUUCGUACCCCAUUGGCUGGUAUCUUUACCGGUUGCGUUGUCUUAUUGGCAUUAUACGCAUUAACUUCAAGCUUCUAUUAUAUCCCAAAAGCAGUUUUAUCAGCAGUUAUUAUUCACGCAGUUUCUGAUCUUAUGGCUAAUUAUAAAGUCACGUGGUCUUUUUGGAAAAUCAGCCCCAUUGAUUGUGGUAUAUUUUUGAUUGGAGUUAUAUUGACUGUUUUUGUUACCAUUGAAGCUGGUAUUUACUUUGCUAUUGCCGCCUCACUCGUUGUCUUGUUGUGGAGAAUUGCUCUUCCAAAUGGGCUUUUCUUGGGGAAAGUGCAAGUUGCUGAAAUUAUCAACCCAAUUAUUGAACAAAGCAGUAGUUCAAUAGACGGUGACGAUUUUACUGGGUUGGAUUCCAGUGACUCUUCAGAUAUAGAAAUCCACCAGAUAUUAUCAAGGGGUUCUAAUUAUAGAGCAACCGAAGAGACCAAGACAAAAGACAACAAGAAUGAUAAUGUACAGGAUAAAACGACUACAUUUGCAUUGAAAAGAGCUAAUCCGCAAAUCAGGUUCCAUACUCGAUGGGUACCGUUAAACAAGAAGAAUAUAAAUAAAGGAUUGAAUGUGACUCCACCUCCUCCGGGAGUUUUGGUUUUCAAACCGCUUGAAUCAUUUACAUAUCCAAAUGCCUCGCGGCAAAUUGAUCGAGUGUCCGAUGAAGCCAAAAGAUUGACCAAAAGAGCAAAACCAUAUAGCGCAACUGAUACUGGAUCUAGGCCAUGGAAUGAUCCAGGUCCUCUAAAGUGGAACUUGCCAUUUUUGAGAAAGUACAAUGUUGCUGAAAAACACGAGGAGGACACUCGUCCUAUUCUACGUAUUAUACAUUUUGAUUUCUCGACGGUUUCACAAAUUGACGUUACCUCAAUUCAGGCCUUGGUUGAUUUGAGAAAAGCUUUGAAUGCAUAUGCUGAUCGCGAAGUUGAAUUCCAUUUUUCGGGAAUUUUGAGCCCGUGGAUUAGAAGAGGAUUACUAAAUGCCGGGUUUGGUACAUAUGAAGAUGGGUUAACAUCAAGUAACAACUAUGUAGACAUAGCUACUGGUUACGAUGAUCUAGAAGGUGGUAUUGAUGAGCAGUACCUUGCCGCUGUUGGUACUAAUACCCCAUUUUUCCAUUUGGAUAUUCCAAACUAUCAAUAA